UUCAAUCCGUUUCCUGUCAGGAGCGGAUGGCCGAGGCUGGGCCCGGCUCGGAGCGGGCCGUCUUCGCUGAGCAUCGGCGGACGCUUCGCUCGCGCGCUCCGGCUUCCCGAGAGCCGACGCGGCGGGAGGCGUAAAAAAAAAAAAAGAACUCGAGGCUGCUGUCAGCGCGAUAAUGCACCAUGGGACCGGUUCACAAAAUGCACAGCGCCAGCUCCAGAGGUCCCGAUCCUUCACCGGCAGCGAGAGCGACGAUCAGCAGGCCAACUUGCCACAGUCCCUGUCGCCUUCCUUCGCUCCUUCAGCCAGCCCUUCUGCCCCUCAGUCUCCCAGCUACCAAAUCCAGCAGUUUAUCAUGAGCCGCAGCCCAGUUGCAGGGCAGAACGUGAACAUCACCUUGCAGAAUGUGGGACCCGUUUCUACUGCCAGCCAGCAGAUCACCCUGACCCCGUUGCCGAUCCCGAGCCCGACCUCCCCCGGUUUUCAGUUCAGCCCUCAACAAAGGCGGUUCGAGCAUGGCUCCCCCUCCUACAUCCAGGUCACUUCUCCGUUGCCCCCUCAGGUCCAGUCGCAGAGCCCCACCCAGCCCUGCUCGGUGUCCGUUCAGACCCUAUCGAGCGUCCGAGCAGGCACGCCGGGCCCCGGCUUGGGCAUGUGCAGCCAGAGCCCGACGCGAGGCUUCGUGGACGCCAGCGUGUUGGUGAGGCAGAUCAGCCUGAGCCCUUCGAAUGGCGGAGGGCACUUCGUCUAUCAGGAAGGAUCCGGCCUUGCCCAGAUCGCUCAAAGCGGCACGGCUCAGGUCCAGCUCUCGUCCUCGGGCACCUCGGCGACCGUCCGAGAACGCAGGCUGUCGCAGCCCCAUUCUCAGACCGGAGGGACCAUCCACCAUCUCGGACCUCAGAGCCCCGUGACUAGCGGAGGAAAUAUCCAAGGUUUGCCCAACCCCGGACACAUCACCACCAGCAACCUGCCGCCACAGAUCAGCAACAUCAUCCAAGGGAUGCAGCAGCAGCAGCAGCAGCAGCAGCAAGGGCAGCCCUCAAACAGAACUUUGGGCUUUGACAGGACUUCUUCCGGAUUAAUCGCCGGGGUGGGAGGCCCUGCUUUCGGCAUCACGUCCCCACCGCCUCCCACAAGCCCUUCCCGGGCCAGCAUCCCUCAAGGACUAACCGGCCACCCGCUAGGCCCUUCGGUUUGUUCCGUGGUGAAAAAACCCAAAAAGGUCGAGGAAAUCCCCCCAGCCACCCCAGAAGCCGCUCAGAUGAGGAAGCAGUGCCUGGAGCACCACUUCAAGCAGACGGAGGCUUUGAAAGACGCGUUCAAGGAGUACCUGGUCGAGCUGUUCUUCUUGCAGCACCUGCAAGGGAACAUGAUGGACUUCUUGGCCUUUAAGAAGAAGCAUUGCGUGCCGCUGCAGGCCUACCUUCGGCAGAACGACCUGGACCUGGAGGAGGAGGAGGAGGAAGAGCAAUCGGAGGUGAUCAACGAUGAGGUAAAGGUUGUGACAGGAAAGGAUGGGCAGACUGGUACUCCUGUUGCUAUAGCAACCCAGCUUCCUCCAAAUGUUUCUGCUGCUUUUUCAACUCAGCAGCAACCAUUCCAGCAGGUGCAUGCAGGGACUGCAGUAACGGGAACUGUGAAUGCCAUAGAAAUCGAAGCCUUUAAGAGACAGCAAGCCCUUACAUCAGCAGAUUCGUCUAAGAGACCCCGAAUUGAAGUGGGCCGUCAUGGGAUGGUUUUUCAGCAUCCGGGCGUGGCUUCAGGAGUCCCUCUUCAACAGCUCAUGCCAACUGCACAAGGUGGAAUGCCUCCCACCCCUCAAACGGUGCAGCUGAUGGGUCAGAAGCAGAGCCAACAACAGUACGACCCUUCCAAAGGUCCCCCAGUGCAGAAUGCAGCCAGUCUCCACACCCCACCGCCUCAGCUGCCCAGUAGACUGCAGCCCACCAACGUGCCCAUCAGCUCUCUCCCGCCAACGCUGCAGCUGGCGCCCCAAGCGGCUCAGAUGAACGACCCCCCCGUGCAACAAGCGGCAAUUCACGUGAAGGCUCCGCCCCAAAACGUGACGGUCACUGCCGCUGCUGUGUCCCACGGCCAGGUUCAAGCGCCGUCACACCCACAAGGGCAGCCGGCAGCCCACGGACCGGGGCCAGUGACACCCUCCCAGGUUGUGUCCUCUCAAACUCCAACCCCACAGCAGAUCACAACUCUGUCUCGUCCUUCAUCCGACUCUAACCAAAACUCCCAGCGUAUUUCAGCAAAUGUGGUUCCUCCUACCUCAAGCAACCCACCAACUUCUGGUUCCAACCCUGCCCCACAAACCACGCACUCAACCCAAGCCAACCGGUCCUCGCCGGGAUCAACUAAGUCAGCCUCUCCUGUGGCCUCCAAACCACCAGGGUUGGCCGUGGCAGCAACCCCCAAAACUCAGAACACAACACAAAAUACCACAGCAGCCCUGCCUCAGGAUAGCACACACGAGAAGUUGGCCGAACAAGUGAAGUUGGAAAACCAAGUUCACCAGCGCAUCGCGGAGCUGAGAAAAGAAGGCUUGUGGUCUCUGAGACGAUUGCCCAAACUCCAGGAGGCCUCCAGGCCCAAAUCUCAGUGGGAUUACCUCCUGGAGGAGAUGCAAUGGAUGGCCACAGAUUUUGCCCAAGAAAGACGAUGGAAGAUGGCCACUGCCAAGAAGAUGGUCAGGACAGUGGCUCGCUACCACGAAGAGAAACACCUCAAUGCAGAGAGGGCGAAGAAGGAAGAGAAGACCAAGCUAAGACGGAUCGCUGCUACAAUUGCCAGAGAAAUAGAAUAUUUCUGGUCUAAUAUUGAACAGGUGGUGGAAAUAAAGCUGCAGGUCGAAUUUCAAGAGAAAAGGAGGAAAGCCCUGAAUUUAAAAAGGCGUGCCAAGAAAGGUAAAGAUUCGAGGCACUUAGAGGACAUCCUUCUGGAAAAAGGAAACAAAUCGGGUUCGUGGUCCUGUAGAAGAAAAAGAAAAGCAAGCAUGUCUCUAACAGACGACGAAGUGGAAGAUGAAGAGGAGACAAUAGAAGAGCAGGAAAAGAAGGAAGGGAAUGUCAACCAUCAGAUGGAGCUGUCCACGUUGGUGAAGGAAGCUGAGCUGCCUUUGGAUGAUCUGGUGAAGAUGUACGAAGGAGCCUUCUCCGAGAACUUUCACUGGCCCCAGCCAAAGCCGGAAGAGGAGACGAGUGAAGAAGAAAUGGAAGAUCAUCCAGCCGAAAGGGAACUCCUUCAAAAGGAGGUCAUCUCCAUCGAAUCUCUCCUCAGCAUCGAGCAAUAUAAGGGGGCCGAGAGAAUGAUGGCCAGCAAGAACCGCGGGCGAGAUAUAGCCGAAGUGGCGGCCACAGCAGAAGCUCUGUUGCCGAAAGGCAGCGCCCGGAUCACCACUGCGGUCAAAUACAACACCCCUCCCCUCUUGUACGGCUCCCUCCGAGAGUAUCAGAAGAUUGGCCUCGAUUGGCUGGCCAAGUUGUACAAGAAGAAGCUGAACGGCAUCUUGGCUGACGAAGCUGGCCUCGGGAAGACAGUGCAGAUCAUCGCCUUCUUCUCACACCUGGCCUGCAACGAAGGGGAUUGGGGUCCUCACCUUGUCGUUGUCCGAAGUUGUAACAUUCUGAAGUGGGAGCUGGAGCUGAAACGUUGGUGCCCGGGCCUAAAAAUCAUGCUCUACAUCGGUACCCAGCGAGAACUAAGAAUGAAAAGACAGGUAGGUUGUAUUAUUAGUUCAAAUCCAUUGUGGGUGGGGCAGAGGCGGGAUUCAGCCGGUUCUGACCAGUUCUGGAGAAACGGUAGCGGGAAUUUUGAGUAGAUCGGAGGACCGGCCAAUCCC